CGCCCCGCGGAGCCCGGGACCCCGGCCGGCAGGGAGUGCUGGAGACGGCCGGCACCAUGCGGCGGCCGUGGGGCGCGCUGCUGCUCGGCGCCCUGCUCUGCGCUCACGGCCUUGCCAGCAGCCCGGAGUGUGCGUGUGGCCGGAGCCACUUCACCUGCGCAGUGAGCGCACUCGGCGAGUGCACCUGCAUCCCUGCCCAGUGGCAGUGCGACGGAGACAACGACUGUGGGGACCACAGCGAUGAGGAUGGGUGUAUGCUGCCCACCUGCUCCCCCCUGGACUUUCACUGUGACAAUGGCAAGUGUAUCCGCCGCUCCUGGGUGUGCGACGGUGACAAUGAUUGCGAGGACGACUCCGAUGAGCAGGACUGCCCCCCCCGAGAGUGUGAGGAGGACGAGUUCCCUUGCCAGAACGGCUACUGCAUCCGGAGCCUGUGGCACUGUGAUGGCGACAAUGACUGUGGCGACAACAGCGAUGAGCAGUGCGACAUGCGCAAGUGCUCGGACAAGGAGUUCCGCUGCAGCGAUGGGAGCUGCAUCGCAGAGCACUGGUACUGCGACGGUGACACAGAUUGCAAAGACGGCUCCGACGAGGAGAGCUGUCCCUCGGCGGUGCCCGCGCCCCCCUGCAGCCUGGAGGAGUUCCAGUGCGCCUAUGGCCGCUGCAUCCUGGACAUCUACCACUGCGACGGCGACGACGAUUGCGGAGACUGGUCGGACGAGUCGGACUGCUCCUCGCACCAGCCCUGCCGGUCCGGGGAGUUCAUGUGCGACAGUGGGCUGUGCAUCAACGCGGGCUGGCGCUGCGACGGGGACACCGACUGCGACGACCAAUCCGAUGAGCGCAACUGCACCACCUCCGUGUGCACAGCUGAACAGUUUCGCUGCCGGUCGGGCCGCUGCGUCCGCCUGUCCUGGCGUUGUGACGGGGAGGAUGACUGUGCUGACAACAGUGAUGAGGAGAACUGUGAGAACACAGGAAGCCCCCAGUGUGCCUCUGACCAGUUCCUGUGCUGGAACGGGCGCUGCAUUGGGCACAGGAAACUUUGCAACGGGGUCAACGACUGUGGAGACAACAGUGACGAAAGUCCACAGCAGAACUGCCGGCCCCGGACGGGUGAAGAAAACUGCAAUGUUAACAACGGUGGCUGCUCCCAGAAGUGCCAGAUGGUGCGAGGGGCAGUGCAGUGUACCUGCCACACGGGCUACCGGCUCACAGAGGAUGGGCGUGCGUGCCAGGAUGUGAAUGAAUGCGCCGAGGAGGGGUAUUGCAGUCAGGGCUGCACCAACAGCGAAGGAGCCUUCCAGUGCUGGUGUGAGGCAGGCUACGAGCUCCGGCCCGACCGGCGCAGCUGCAAGGCGCUGGGGCCAGAGCCAGUGCUGCUGUUCGCCAACCGCAUCGACAUCCGGCAGGUGUUGCCACACCGCUCCGAGUACACGCUGCUGCUCAACAACCUGGAGAAUGCCAUCGCCCUGGACUUCCACCACCGGCAUGAGCUCGUCUUCUGGUCCGACGUCACCUUGGACAGGAUCCUCCGGGCCAAUCUCAAUGGCAGCAAUGUGGAGGAGGUGGUGUCCACUGGGCUGGAGAGCCCAGGGGGCCUGGCUGUGGACUGGGUCCAUGACAAACUCUACUGGACUGACUCAGGGACAUCGCGCAUCGAGGUGGCCAAUCUGGAUGGGGCCCACCGGAAGGUGUUACUAUGGCAGAACCUGGAGAAGCCCCGGGCCAUUGCCUUGCACCCCAUGGAGGGCACCAUUUAUUGGACAGACUGGGGCAACACGCCCCGCAUCGAGGCGUCCAGCAUGGACGGCUCCGGCCGGCGCAUCGUUGCUGACACGCAUCUCUUCUGGCCCAAUGGCCUCACCAUUGACUAUGCCGGGCGCCGGAUGUACUGGGUGGAUGCCAAGCACCAUGUCAUUGAGAGGGCCAACCUGGACGGGAGUCACCGCAAAGCUGUCAUCAGUCAGGGCCUCCCGCACCCCUUUGCCAUCACCGUGUUUGAAGAUAGCCUGUACUGGACAGACUGGCACACCAAGAGCAUCAACAGCGCCAACAAGUUCACUGGGAAGAACCAGGAGAUCAUCCGCAACAAGCUGCACUUCCCCAUGGACAUUCACACCUUGCACCCCCAGCGCCAGCCAGCAGGGAAAAACCGCUGUGGGGACAACAACGGAGGCUGCAGCCACCUGUGUCUGCCCAGCGGCCAGAAUUACACCUGCGCCUGCCCCACAGGCUUCCGCAAGAUCAGCAGCCACGCAUGUGCACAGAGUCUUGACAAGUUCCUGCUUUUUGCCCGAAGGAUGGACAUCCGUCGGAUCAGCUUCGACACAGAGGACCUGUCCGACGACGUCAUCCCACUGGCUGAUGUGCGCAGUGCUGUGGCCCUUGACUGGGACUCCCGGGAUGACCACGUGUACUGGACAGACGUCAGCACUGAUACCAUCAGCAGGGCCAAGUGGGAUGGAACCGGGCAGGAGGUGGUAGUGGAUACCAGCCUGGAGAGCCCUGCCGGCCUGGCCAUCGACUGGGUCACUAACAAGCUAUACUGGACAGAUGCAGGUACAGACCGGAUCGAAGUGGCCAACACCGACGGCAGCAUGAGGACUGUCCUCAUCUGGGAGAACUUGGACCGCCCUCGGGACAUCGUGGUGGAACCCAUGGGCGGGUACAUGUACUGGACGGACUGGGGUGCGAGUCCCAAGAUCGAGUGCGCUGGCAUGGACGCUUCCGCUCGCCGGGUCAUCAUCUCCUCUAACCUGACCUGGCCUAACGGACUAGCCAUCGACUAUGGGUCCCAGCGGCUGUACUGGGCUGAUGCGGGCAUGAAGACCAUUGAAUUUGCUGGGCUGGACGGCAGCAACAGGAAGGUGCUCAUUGGAAGCCAGCUGCCCCAUCCCUUUGGACUGACCCUCUACGGGCAGCGCAUCUACUGGACAGACUGGCAGACCAAGAGCAUCCAGAGCGCUGACCGGCUGACCGGGCUGGGCCGGGAGACUCUGCAGGAGAACCUGGAGAAUCUCAUGGACAUCCACGUCUUCCACCGGCGUCGACCCCCAGUGACCACACCGUGUACUAUGGAGAAUGGCGGCUGCAGCCACCUUUGUCUUCGCUCCCCAAAUCCAAAUGGCUUCAGCUGUACCUGCCCCACAGGCAUCAACCUACUGCCUGAUGGCAAGACGUGUUCACCAGGCAUGAACAGUUUCCUCAUCUUCGCCAGGAGGAUAGACGUACGCAUGGUCUCCCUGGACAUCCCUUAUUUUGCUGAUGUGGUGGUGCCGAUCAAUAUUACCAUGAAGAACACCAUCGCCAUUGGCGUGGACCCCCAGGAAGGAAAAGUGUACUGGUCUGACAGCACGCUGCACAGAAUCAGCCGGGCCAACCUGGAUGGUUCACGGCACGAGGACAUCAUCACGACAGGGCUGCAGACGACAGAUGGCCUCACGGUGGAUGCCAUUGGCCGCAAAGUGUACUGGACGGACACAGGAACAAACCGGAUCGAAGUAGGGAACCUGGAUGGGUCCAUGCGGAAGGUGCUGGUGUGGCAGAACCUGGACAGCCCACGGGCCAUCGUGCUGUAUCACGAGAUGGGGCUCAUGUACUGGACAGAUUGGGGGGAGCAUGCCAAACUGGAACGGGCCGCCAUGGACGGCUCUGAGCGCACCGUGCUUAUUAGCAACAACCUCGGCUGGCCCAAUGGGCUGACGGUGGACAAAGCCAGCUCCCAGCUGCUGUGGGCCGAUGCUCACACUGAGCGCAUUGAGGCCGCUGACCUGAACGGCGGCAGUCGACACACACUGGUGUCGCCCGUGCAGCACCCUUAUGGCCUCACCCUGCUGGAUUCCUACAUCUACUGGACUGACUGGCAGACCCGUAGCAUCCACCGUGCUGACAAGGGGACGGGCAGCAAUGUCGUCCUGGUGAGGUCCAACCUGCCAGGCCUCAUGGACAUCCAGGCUGUGGACCGGACACAGCCGCUGGGGCUUAACAAGUGCGGCUCGAGGAACGGCGGCUGCUCCCAUCUCUGCCUGCCUCGGCCUUCUGGCUUCUCCUGCGCCUGCCCCACUGGCAUCCAGCUGAAGGCGGAUGGCAGGACCUGCGACCCUUCCCCUGAGACCUACCUGCUGUUCUCCAGCCGAGGGUCCAUCCGGCGAAUCUCCCUGGACACCAGUGACCACACCGACGUGCAUGUCCCCGUGCCUGAGCUCAACAAUGUCAUCUCUCUGGACUAUGACAGUGUGGACGGGAAGGUCUACUACACAGAUGUCUUCCUGGAUGUGAUCAGGCGAGCUGACCUGAACGGCAGCAACAUGGAGACGGUGAUCGGGCAGGGGCUGAAGACCACCGAUGGGCUGGCCGUGGACUGGGUGGCCAGGAACCUGUACUGGACAGACACGGGCCGAAACACCAUCGAGGCCUCGAGGCUGGAUGGCUCAUGCCGAAAAGUACUGAUCAACAACAGUCUGGAUGAGCCCCGGGCCAUUGCUGUGUUCCCCAGGAAAGGAUACCUCUUCUGGACAGACUGGGGCCACAUUGCCAAGAUCGAAAGGGCAAACCUGGACGGUUCAGAGCGCAAAGUCCUCAUCAACACAGACCUGGGCUGGCCCAACGGCCUCACCUUGGACUACGAUACCCGCAGGAUCUACUGGGUAGAUGCACACCUGGACCGGAUUGAAAGCGCCGACCUCAACGGGAAGCUGCGGCAGGUCCUGGUCAGCCACGUGUCCCAUCCCUUUGCGCUCACGCAGCAGGACAGAUGGAUCUACUGGACAGACUGGCAGACCAAGUCCAUCCAGCGUGUUGACAAGUACUCGGGCCGCAACAAGGAGACGGUGCUGGCCAAUGUAGAGGGGCUCAUGGACAUCAUCGUGGUGUCCCCCCAGCGGCAGACAGGGACCAAUGCCUGUGGGGUGAACAACGGUGGCUGCACCCACCUCUGCUUUGCCCGAGCCUUGGACUUUGUGUGCGCCUGUCCUGACGAACCUGACAGCCGGCCCUGCUCCCUGGUUCCUGGUGCAGUGCCCCCUGCUCCCCGGGCUACAAGCAUGAGUGAGAACAGCCCAGUGCUACCCAACACGCUGUCCCCCACCUUUCGCUCUUCCACCAGCAGAAUCCGCACAGCUCUGGAGGAGGUGGGAGGAAGGUGCACUGAAAAGGAUGCCCAGCUGGGCCGCUGUGUGCACUCCAACGAGGCUGUACCUGCUGUUCCAGGUGAAGGACUGCAUGUCAGCUAUGCCGUCGGAGGGCUCCUUAGCAUUCUGCUUGUCCUGGUGGUGAUCGUGGCUUGGAUGCUGUACAGACACAAAAAAUCCAAGUUUACUGAUCCUGGAAUGGGCAACCUGACCUACAGCAACCCCUCCUACAGAACUUCCACUCAAGAAGUGAAAAUUGAAGCAAUCCCCAAACCAGCCAUGUACAAUCAACUGUGCUAUAAGAAAGAGCAGCUCUUUCACCCCUCUGAUAGCCUCUCACCCUUUCUCUUCUGAUUUCCUCUUGAUUUCAGGGUGGGCCCGACCUUAACUACACCAAGGAGAAGAUCAAGAUUGUCGAGGGAAUCUGCCUCCUGUCCGGGGAUGAUGCGGAGUGGGA